AAGGCGUCGCAAAAGGGAGAAUUGUUUGAGAGCUCAGUCAUCCAAAAACGGCCUUUCAAUGUGAGAACUUGGGGGAGCCGAAGAAAAUGUCGGUGGCAUCGCAGUAAAUUACUAAAGCAGCAAAGGCUUUAGAGGGAAAAGAGAAGCGAAAACUGUUGUGUUUUUUUUUCCUUGGGGGACUUAAACGCAGGAGAGACUCGAAGAGAAGAUCGCCUGGUUAAAACGAGGUGCGAGCGCCGAGCAGUGCAAGUUUUGGGGGUAGUGUAUGGAAGAUGUCUGGAAAGCAAGACUGGACUCCGUGGAUGAAAAAGAGAAGGGCUCCAGUGUUGUGCGCUCUUGGCGCAGUACUGCUGUGCUGCCUGCAGAGCGGCGCUUCACUCACCGACGAGGUGCCGGCGUUCAACGAAGAGCCCACAUCCGUGGUGCAGAAGCUGGGAGGCAGCGUCACCCUGCAUUGCAGUGCCCGUCCCGCCUCCGCCAACAUCAGCUGGCGCCUCAACGGCCAUGAGCUGGUAGACGGAGAUUUGGGUGUAGUGCUGAGGCCCAGCAGCCUGUUCAUCCCGGUUCUCUCCAAUCAGACUCUUGGCAGAUACCAGUGUGUGGCCAGCACCAGCGCCGGAGCCCUAGCCAGUGUGCCUGCUGACGUCACUGCUGCCAAGCUGCGGGACUUUGAGCCCGAUGACCAGCAGGAGAUCGAAGUGGAUGAAGGCAACACGGCUGUUAUUGAAUGUCACCUCCCCGAAAGCCAGCCCAAGGCUCAGGUUCGCUACAGCGUCAAACAGGAAUGGCUGGAAACAUCCAAAGGGAACUACCUCAUCAUGCCAUCAGGGAACCUGCAGAUAGCCAACGCCACACGUGAUGAUGAGGGGCCCUACAAGUGUGCUGCCUACAACCCCGUCACUCAGGAGGUUAAAACGUCCACCUCUGCUGAUCGUCUGCGCAUACGCCGCUCCACAUCAGAAGCGGCUCGGAUCAUUUACCCGCCGGCACCCCGCUCCAUCAUGGUGACUAAAGGCCAGCGGCUGGUGCUGGAGUGUGUGGCCAGUGGCAUCCCAACUCCCCAGGUCACGUGGGCAAAGGACGGGCAGGACCUGCGUCUCCACAACAACACGCGUUUCCUGCUUAGCAACCUGCUUAUCGACGCAGUCGGCGAGGGAGACUCGGGCACUUACGCUUGCGGGGCAGACAACGGCAUCGGCUCGGCCAGCUCUGCCGUGGUGCUCUAUGACGUCCAAGUGUUUGAGCCUCCUCAGGUGAUGGUGGAGCUGCAGCAGCGGGAAGUCGUGUACGGCGACACGGUGCGCUUCAUCUGCCAGGCCCGCGGUAAGCCCGCUCCCUCUGUGAUGUGGCUCCACAACGCCCAGCCGCUCGCCCAGUCUUCUCGCCACCGCCUCACCUCCCGGGGGCUGCGCAUCUCCAAAGUGGGCCCCCGGGAUGACGGGCUGUACCAGUGCAUGGCUGAGAACGGGGUGGGCAGCUCACAGGCCUCCGCUCGCCUCAUCACCGUAUCAACCGGGACUUUAUCCCGAGGGAGGCUGCCUUCCAUGUACCGCCCGCUCAGCCCAGACAAGGUGCUGAGAGAGCAGCCGCCUGUGAGGCCGGGGGUUGCAGGUGCCAUGUUGCCUCUAGACUGCUCAGAAUUUCCAGGGUACAUGCCUGCAGAAGCCCCCAUCAUCCUCAGUCAGCCACGCACAGGCAAGGCUGACUAUUAUGAGCUCACCUGGAAGCCGCGGCACGAGCAUGGACCUCCUGUACUGGAGUAUAUGAUAAAAUACAGAAAGGUGGGAGAACUUCUUGCAGACUGGACCUCCACCAGUAUCCCGGGCUCUCUCCAUAAGCUGACUCUAUCCAAGCUGCAGCCGGACAGCUUGUAUGAGGUCGAGAUGACUGCCAAGAACUGUGCAGGGCUGGGACAACCAGCCAUGAUGACCUUCAGAACCGGCAAAGGUCGCAAAAAUCUGGGAGUGUCAAAUGAUCCUCCAAAGACUCCCUCUGUCCCCUCACCAAGCCUCUCUCCUCCCGAAGCCCCCGACAAGCCCACGGUCUCCACAGCGACUGAGACGUCGGCGUACGUGACUUGGAUUCCUCGCGGUAACCGCGGCUUCCCCAUCCAGUCGUUUCGGGUGGAGUACAAGAAGGUGAAGAAGGCAGGAGAGGACUGGGUGACGGCGGUGGAGAACAUCCCCCCGUCGCGACUCUCCGUGGAGAUCACGGGCCUGGAGAAAGGUACGUCCUAUAAGUUCCGUGUGGUAGCGGUGAACGUGAUUGGUUCCAGUCCUCCCAGCGCCCCUUCCAAGGCAUACACGGUGGUUGGCGGGAGAACACACGAACGCCCCGUCGAUGGACCCUACAUUACCUAUAAUGAGGCCAUCAACGAGACCACCAUCAUUCUCAAAUGGACGUACACUCCAGUAAACAACACGCCCAUCUACGGUUUCUACAUCUACUACCGGCCGACAGACAGCGAUAAUGACAGCGACUAUAAGAAGGAUGUGGUGGAAGGGGACAGAUACUGGCACUCGAUUACGGACCUGCAGCCCGAGACCGCCUACGACAUCAAGAUGCAGAGCUUCAACGAGAAGGGAGAGAGCGAAUUUGGCAAUGUCGUCAUCCUUGAAACAAAAGCUCGUCCUAACUCCCAAAAGCCUCUCCCAUCAGAGACUCCCAUUGACCCUCGGUAUGGACCGCCCGAUGGAGGCGUGCCUCGCCCCGGCGACCUCCCCUACCUCAUAGUUGGCGUUGUCCUGGGAGCCUUCGUCUUCAUUAUUGUCGCCUUCAUCCCCUUCUGCCUGUGGCGGGCUUGGGCCAAACAGAAGCAAACAACCGACAUGUGCUUCCCCGCUGUGGCCGCCCCCGUGUCGUCAUGUCAGUACACCAUGGUUCCUCUUCAGGGACUUGCAUUAGUGGGCCACUGCCCGCUGGAUACUCACAUGACUGCUCCACAUGGCGUGUACCCCGCCAACGGAGAAUACACACCAAAUGGCAAACCUCACCACCCUAAGCACUGCCUGCCAGGCCUCCAGCAGGAUGGUGUGGAUUGUGAUAUGGAGUGUGACACGCUGCUGCAACAGCCCAAUGGACACCUGCCUGUUUACCACUAUUCUACCAGUGGCCCUGAUCAUCCUGAGCACUCCUGCUAUUCUCCAGAUGACUCCACUCUCCAGCUCCUCAACUCCCCACAUCAGCUUUUAAACUCACAGGACGCGGGAGGUGACGGCGGCUUCUGUGGUGGAGACAAAACGGAGGACAUCGCUCCAAAGCCGGCAUCUUUCCCGCUUCUCUCUCUGGAGGACGAAGGGAUUUUCACCACAUCCUCUUCAGCAGCCACAACGCCACAAUCCCAAGAUGCAGCUAUACAGGAAGUGAACAUCCUCCCAAAUGAAGCGUCCCCCGAGGACGAGGGGACGGCCAGCGUGACAGAUGCAUGAGAGACUGUUAAAUAAACCGUAAACAAAAAGAGAGAAAAUAUUUAUUUUUGUAUCACAGAUAUUUAUAUAUUUAUGCUUUUGUACAUAAGUGUCCGAUUAUACUGUAUAUAAGGUUAUUUUCAUAUUGAAAAGAAAGUGACUUUUUAUUCAUAGAUCUCCUCACGCUAUGUCACGGACAAAGGGAGUAGUAUUUUGUCUUUUUGUCUGUCUGCAUUUGAGACCUUUAUUCCUUGUGUGAAGAAGAGUCUGGAGUCUCCAGGGACUUCCUCUCAGUUCAGCACUUCACAACUAAACCCUCCCCACCAAUCAUGUCUUUCCCAGCCUUCCUCCAUCCUUAGUCUGGACCUUUUAGGUACUUAGCUUUACGUACAACAGAAACACAAUCGGACCCAGUCUGAUGCUGUCAAGAGGUGCUGUUUAGCUCUGCGAUAUCACGUUCUCGGUCAUUUCUGUAUAGCGGUAACACAAAUGUAUUAUGCAUUGUUCGUCAUUAACAAACUAUUAACAAGUGUAUGCAACAUAAAUCAUUGUUUCAGUAGUGUACAAGAGAUUAUAUAUUGUAUAGUUUAUUUAUUUUGUUUUGGUAUAUUUUUUUUAAAAUCACUGAAUGGGAGAGAUUCUGGAAAAUGUCUUUAACUCAGUCAUUGAUAAGCUGAACUUUAUACUGCAACCAUUUCUGUGUUUACUUGUUUGCUGGUUACCAAAAGACUGCCAGGUGAGGCUGCUGCGACAGGUGUGUCAGUAUUAUUCCUCCCUCACUGGUCGGUACAUAAGUGUUAGUCUUUGACAGAGACAUCUGCAAUCAAAAUGAAGGAGAUCCUGAAUCUACACUCCCUUUUUUUUUUUUUCUUUUUAAAGUGUAGCUGUUCUGUGGUUGCACAUGCUGGAGCACUAUUGCAUGUAAAUAAAUGCUUAUGAAAUUGA